AUGGCUAACUCUUCUUUGCUUUCUCUUGGUCUUUGCUUACUUGUCAUGUUUCAUGUCUCCUUAGCUCAGAUUGGGUCUCAUCAAUCAUGGGGAGGCCAAAGACAGCAACAUCAUCAGUGGCUGCCUUUGCCGCAGCAUCAGCAUCAUCAACGCAGUUUCAGAGAACAGAGAAAGUGUAGGAUCGAGAACCUCGAUGCUUUUGAACCCACUCACAGGGUAGAGUCCGAGGCUGGUCCGAUCGAGUUCUAGGACCAGGACAACGACCAAUUGCAGUGUGCUGACGUUGCCUUUGCUCGCUAUUCUAUUCGACCCAAAGGCCUACUCUUGCCUUCCUACACCAGUGCACCUAAGCUUAUCUUCAUUGUGGAAGGUUCCCCUGAGACAUUCCAAUCAUCCCAACGAGAAGGACAAGGACAAAGAGGAGAAGGAGAACAAAGCUAUCAAUCCAGAGAUCAGCACCAGAGGAUCCAACGGCUCCAACGGCUCCAACGAGGUGAUAUUCUGGUUGUCCCCAACGGCAUCGCACACUGGAUCUACGACGAUGGAGAAAACGAACUCGUCCUCGUCGGCCUUUACAACACCAUCAACUACUUAAAGCAGCUCGACAAUAGAAACAGCGCAAGAACCAAAUUAACCCGGAAACCCACAAAGACACAAGGCUCACAAGGCGAGAGAGGCCAACGAGGUUCAAGAGGUUCGAGAUACGAGGGUGAAGAGAGGGAAGCAGAAGAGUCAGGAGUCAGCCUCUUCAAUGGCUUCGAUACGCAGUUGUUGCCUGAAGUUUUAGGAGUGGAUGAGGAGACUGCAAGGAAGCUACGUGGGAAGAAGAGGAACAGAGAGCGACAAGGGAGACAACGGAAUGGGUUGGAGGAAACCUUCUGCAGCGUGAGGCUCAGGGAGAACAUAGAGGACCCCACAAGAGCUGACGUGUAUAACCCACAUGGCGGACGCAUCACCAGCCUCAACAGGAACUUGAGAAGUAGAGAAGGGGAGGGGUGUCAGCGUGGUGGAGGAGUGGUGUUAGCGACGGUGGUCUGGAAAACUAAGCCGUCGAACCUUCGGUGUAGAGGGAGAGUUCUCACCGAUGCCACUGUCGUCACCACCGUGAGUUCGUGUUGUUCUCCGCUGUCACCAAUGCCGGGCGCCAAACCUUCUCCCUCACCUCCUCCUUCUCCACCGCCGCCUCCGCCUCUGCCUCCAUGUUCGCCACCAACAGAUCCGGGCUCAUUGGACCUGAAUCAGAGAGGUCGCAGAGAGAAUGGAAUACUUGCACCGAACUGGAACAUCAACGCACACAGAGUGAUCUACGUGAAAAGGGGAAGUGCAAUGGUGCAGGUCGUGGGGAACAGGGGAGAGAGUGUGUACAAUGGGAAUCUGAGUGAAGGACAGUUGCUGGUGGUGCCGCAGGGCUAUGUGGUGCUGAAGCAGGCGACCGAUGAGGGGUUUGAGUGGGUAUCGCUCAAGACAAACGAAAACGCCAUAACCAGCCAUCUGGCUGGGAGGACUUCGGUGUUGAGAGCAUUGCCGGAGGGGGUGCUGGUGAAUGCGUAUCAGAUCCGAAGGGAGGAAGCUAGGAGGAUUAAAUAUGGCAGAGACUAA